AUGCAUACGCGAAACGCGUCAGCCACAAGUACUGUAGUCGACGAAGCCAAGGAAGACGACAAGUCGUCGAUGAGAUUGGCUGAGGCGAUAGAUUCGGCCAAGGGAAAGGGCACAAAACGGCGGAGACCAUCGGAUGACGAAGAACCGUCAGCCCAGGAUGGUUCAGCACAACAUGUGGACAGCGACGCCGCCUCAUAUUUGACGGAUGGACGCAAGCCCAGAGAUUCUGAGAGAACAAUAGCAAAGAGAUUUUGA